AGGUUAUUGCAGACCAGUGGCCAGAUUUCACUCUCAUUAUUUGCAAACCCAAAGUUCAGUUAUGCUGGACUCAGAUUGGCUCUGCUUAGUCCAGCUCACGCUCAUCUAGUAAACAGCACGUGGAAGUAUGGCGGAGACCAUAACAGCUACAACUCGGUGCAGAACUACAUUACCCACAAUCCUUCACUGUGCGUGAUAGAGGAGGGCGGCACCGAGCCCGUCUCCUGGCUGCUUGUGUACCAACACGCUGCUCUUGGUUUGCUCUACACGUUACCACAACACAGACGGGAAGGCUACGCAAAGUUACUAGUGUCUGUGAUGGCCGAAAACCUCCUGGACCGAGGACACCCUGUGUACUGUUUUGUGGAAAAGGAAAAUGACUCUUUCUACAAACUUUUCACAUCACUUGGUUUGAGCUCAAUAAACGACAAUAAAUACAAAUAUAAAUCACCUUAA